UAUUAUUCCACGCCUCUUUUUUCCAGCUUGCUUAUCUGCAUCGCAUCCCAAGGAAUGUCUUAUUUUGCUUCUUACCUACCUAGGUAGCUACUCAUUGUUUAAAUGGUGUUUCCGUAUACCUUAGGUACCUAAACUACCUAACCUAUACCUCGUACUACAGCUAAAAUGCCGUCAAACGAGCGCCUCCCAGCCCAGGAGGUUUUCAGAUUGGCCGCUCUUCCGGACGAGGUCGAGAAUGGCAAGAUCGUAAAACGGUAUAUGAGCCAACGGAGUGCAUGGCAUCCGGAAGGCGACGUCUCAAUCGUGAGCGAAUGCGUAUACUCGGCAUUGAAAACUGGGCCUCCAAAUCGAAAAGUGGCGUUCGGUGGACACGUGUACAGCCAAGCGGGAAUAGCUGCAUCUAAAGCCCUUGUGGAUAUGCAAUCUUCGCGGGCUGGUGCUUCUCGCAGGGAGGUUAGUGUUGGUAUUCAUACUAUUCAUGGGUACUUUUCGGAACCUGGUCUUAUAGAUAGGCCAUUUAUAUACAGUGUCACUACUCUGGCGCCAAACCCUUCAUUUCCAAAUUUUCUAGUCACGGUGCGACAGCCUCUAUCGUCGAGCACAAAUCCAGCAGGAGACCAUUUCCCUCUUGCCGACGCCGAGCUUCCCCUUGGCCCAGUUUGCUUCAACGCUCUAGUAUCCUUUAGACCCUCUGUAGUUUCACAGCAUGUAGCCCAGGAACUGCCAGCGCAGACGCGGUUCGCAGAUAUCCUGAGCUCCCGGCCCCCUUCGGCAUGGGAUCCGGCGCCACAUAUCGAUAUCGCCAAGACCGUAGGCGAGUUUCCGAUGCGGAACCCUGGGACCUUUCCCGUAGUCGAUAUGAAAAAGGUCGACCUCGCCGCCUUUAACGAGGGUAAACCGCUUCACGAGCGGCGGGAGCUUUUGCUAUAUCGGCUGCUUGCCCCUUUGCCCGUGGAUCACCCUGAUUCGCACAUUUGCGCUCAUGCGUACGAGGCGGAUAGAAAUGGGUUGCUCAUGAUAGGCAACCAUGUCGGGUUCGGGUACAACUUUGGUCGCGCCGCUAGUCUGAGCUAUUCUUUUAUGGUGCACGUCAAUCCCGAGGACGCGGUAAUGUCAUAUGGCGAAGAUGAGUGGUGGAUUCAAGAAGCGUGCUUCCCUCGACUUGAAGCUGGGAGGGGGGUCAUCAUGAGCAAGAUCUGGAGCCCGAAAGGUGUGCAUGUCGCCACGGAAUACCAAGAUGGCUUGUGCCAACGCCAAUGGAAACCCGGCGAGAGAAAGGGGAAGUUGUAGAACGAUAACCCCCUCGAUACCGAUAUUUUACGCCUAGUACGAUCGUUGUUAAAGUUGAUAGUGAGGGUAGCCAUUGGCGCCAGUUAGGUAUAGGUUUUGAUUUUUCUAGAUGUUCAAAUGUUUACAAGAGUACGUAACCUAGGUAAACGGCCAAAGAUUAAAGGUUAUCAAACGAAGUAUAUCUUGUACAUAUUCAGCGCUGAGAUUCUUUUCACGGAAGAUACAUAGCAGAAUAGUUCACAAAUAUAUCCAAUAUCAAGAAGUGGUUCUGGAUU